GACACCGGUCUCCAGAGUGAAAACUUCACUGAAGCCAUCAUGGAUUCUCUAAGAGUGAUCUUGGAGAAUAUGUUCAAUUACACUGAUACAACCUACACAGAUGAUAAUAUUGUUAACGUUCUCUACAACUCACUUCAACUGCUGCUGAGCCCUAAUAUCAGCUAUUCUCAAGCUCAAGAGCUCAUGAUAGAAGUUGCACACAAGACAGAAAGCUUUAUCAGUGCCAUUGCUCCAGAUUCUGCUGAAGUGUUGACUCCUAGCAUCCAGAGCCUCAUAUCAUAUAUGAACACUCUGUCGAACCCAGGUCAACCUUCCCAGUGGAAUGAAGUCAUUGUGGCGAUGAUGGAGGAAAUCCAGAAUUCUUUGCCUUCCAACAGCACAGCCAACACCUACAUUUCCUCCAUACUGAACAUCACAAACUAUAUUCUAAACCCCAAGCAAGAAAACACGAGUUUGUGGGCCAGCAUUGCAGACCUAAAUCUCGACAACGCCGAUAACGUUACACAACAGCUUGCCGAUCUCCGUGAUUUAAUUCUCCCAUUCCUCAUGGACAACCAGGAAAUGGGUUUGGCCCCUGAAUCUGCUCAGACUCUAACCGAAUACGUCCCAAUACUCGUCCAGAUCUUCUCAGGGACACCUGACCAGCUCACGUUCCAGAGGUAAACUAUGAACAAUCUGGUCACAUGCUACCCUACAUGCGGAUGACUCAAUAAUCCGUCCCCGUUGUGUUUACUCACCAGGCUCCAACAUAUGACGACUGCUCUCCUGUCAAACCUGAUGGCCACGCCCGCACGGGACACUCUGCCUUUCGCGCUAGACGUCAUCAGGAAUGUCACGGCAUCCAUGGUGCAAAGCGUGCAAGUUCA